UGCUUUCAUCAGCUGCGGUCAUAUGACUUUUCGUACGUGAGGCGAUUCUAUUGUGUUAUCUACGUCUCCACCCCGAAGUACAGUAUAACAAUGACAGAGACAGGAAGUCAGUAGGAUGUUUAGGCACACGAGCCAAUAGGACGAAUUUCAAGUACUGAAAAACGUUCGAGGUCACUUGUCGCACGAAAACUACGCUUCUGACAAAGUUCUUAUCUCAGAUAUUGAACACACUUAACUAAAGCCACUCUACAGGCCGCUAAAACAGUUAGCUGUUAUUCGUCGUUGGACUUGGGACCGAAAAGAGGUAGUUCCGAUGAGAAGCGGGCAAUGAUAUAUACCUAAUAUACACAUAUUCGACACGUUUCACAGACCAAGUUCCGGCAACCAGAAAUUGGGACAAUUAUAACGAGAGAGAAAAGUCAAAGACAAUAAUGAAAUCAGACUGGGGAAGCAACUACAUGGUCUUAGUUUUUUCAGAGAUGGAAAGCUUCUUGAAUGAUCUCGCUGGUGCGUCUCUAAGCGCUGAGCACGAGAAAAGACGAGUUACUCUAGAGAAAAAGCUCUUAGCUGUCAGACAGCUUUCGCCAACUUCACCUUUACCUCUGUCAAAAGAUAAAGUAAAACGAACUUAUGAGAAGCAAAAKGAGAAAGAAGAUACUACGCGAGUGGAUUCAGAUAGGCUGCCGCGUAUGAGGUCGUGGUCAUGCCCGGCACUCAACGAAUGCAUGRCUGCGGAAGAAGACAAUAAAAGUCCGGACGAGGAUMAAAUCAAAGAGAAAAUGAAGAAUCAUGAGAUUUCGGGCUUAAAAACUGAAAGUGAAAUUCCAAAAGAAAAUGAUGAGACUCAGAAUGAAGAAUUACGCAAUAAGAAGAAACUUGAACGACUAAGGCAAGCAUAUCUUGAGACUUUGAAAGUACCUCGCCGUCGAACUGCGUCAGAGCCUCAAGUACGCCGUACGUCAUCGAGCCACAGGGUUCCCAAUCCUGAAUAUAUUCACGGAAUCAAUACUGGAACUGCUUUUAGGUUUGAAACUACGAGAGAUUCUCAACUAUCGCGAAAGCCUAACAGGAAAGGAUUUAAUGUUGUUUGGGAUGUCCCUACAGCUGAUGUAUGUGGAUAGAACAUUCAACAUACAACAUAGUUAAGUUUAUAGAAGGUCGAUGGGGCCAAAGUGCAAGUGUGAAUAUGAACUCCUCCCAGGGCUCCUCGUCGUGCGCGUCAGACACAAAUACAAUAGAAUUUCAAAGACUUAAUCUACUUUAGCGGAAUGGCAACUUAAUAUUUCUGAAAGAGAAAUGAGUAUUUCAUUGUAAUUGUAAUGUCAAAGACGAUAGAAUUUCAAAAUCUCUCAAAAUUCAACGCUCAAAGAUAUAGAUAUUGUUCAGACGAAUACUGGGCUUCAGUUCACUUGUUUUUGGGAAACAUUAUAUUGCAAGUGGAAUAAUCUAAAUGUCCUAGUAGAAUUAAAUCGCUCUUUUGAUUUUG